AAAAUGCUGUACAUCUGAAGUGGUAAAGGUGUAGAACUUUAAGCAUCAGAGAUUAAAUAAAUAAUAAUAUAUAAGAUAUAUAAAUAAUUCAUAAGUGGCUGCUUGGUCCCUUAUUAAUAAACAUUCCACAGAAAGAUUAAACCUGAGGUUACUUCUGUUAAUGAGCUUAGCCCUGAAGCAAGAGGGUUAAAAACAGAAACCGUUUAACUUGAGUUACCCCACUUCCUCCUCAUGUAACGUUUUAUUGACAUUUCAAACUCUUUUUGCGGAACUACAUGUCAGUCACAGAGCAAAUUACUGUGGUACCUUUGAGAGGAAAAGGGAGGAAAAAGGAGGUUGGAUCUUUGAUCCAAAGUGAGCAUUCUUACGCUGUGGCACUGUAGGAGGUUAAUUGUCUGUGCAGCUUCAACUUCUUUGACUGCAAGAAAAUGGCACAUUCACAUUAACAGGGAGAUCUUUUUAAAAGUGGAUCCUUAUGCUAAGCGGCAGGUUUGGUACGAACAGUUUGGCUUUGGAGCCCAGGUUGGAUCUUUGCUUUGGAGGAGCGAAGAACUGGCUCAGAAGCUGAUUCCAAAUGCACGCCACACUUUUCAGAUGUUUACAGGCGGGGCUCUCCCGUGGUUUGUGUUCAUGUGGGAAUCAGUGCAACUGUGCGUAAAACCUGCUUGCUUAGUUUUUUGUCGCUAUUUAUUCGUUUUGGUGUGUUUUUAUUUAUUCUAUUUUUAUUUAUUUAUUGGGGGGGGGUCUUUUUUUAAGAUGUUCAGUUCUGCUGCGCACUUUCUACUAACUGAAGUUUGAAUGUCACGCCGGUCUUUGCGUAAAGCCAGAACUAUCCAUAAUAAAUUCUAGCGGAUGAUAAAUCUUUGCUCCUUCACCUGGAAAAUGACAAUAUGUAAGUCUAUACAUUGCCUGCAUGAUAUAAGGGGUGUCGGAGUUACGGGGGUGACGUCAGGAGCGGAGAGCAGCUGGCUGUGAGCUCAGAGCAGGACAAGCAGCAGAAACACCAGCCGUGCAAAGGUGCGCGCUUUUACCCAAACUCCUUGAGCAGCGAGAAGAGCGGACGGGGGCCGAGCGGGAUGAACAACAGGUCUCUGACUCCGCGGCUCGGCGGAGCUGGAGCUGGAGCUGGAGGCGGCGGCUCGCUUGGAGCUGUGGACCACGAACUCGUCAUCACCUCCACUUUCGGGACGCUCCUGUCCGUGGUCUACAUAAUCGGGGUGUCCGGGAACGUGUACACGCUGGUGGUGAUGUGCCACUCCAUCCGCUUCGCCACCUCCAUGUACAUCUCCAUCAUCAACCUGGCCCUGGCGGACCUUCUGUACCUCUCCACCAUACCCUUCGUGGUGUCCACAUACUUCCUGAAGGACUGGUACUUCGGGGACGUUGGCUGCCGCAUCCUGCUCAGCCUGGACCUCCUCACCAUGCACGCCAGCAUCUUCACCCUCACCGUCAUGUGCACGGAGCGCUACCUGGCCGUCACGCAGCCGCUGGACACGGUGCGGCGCUCCAAGAGCUACCGCAAGGCUCUGGCGUGGGGCGUGUGGCUGCUGUCCCUGGUCCUCACGCUGCCCAUGAUGAUCAUGGUGGCCCAGACGACCAAGAAGACGCCGGACGGGGGCGUGAAGAGGAUGUGCGCACCCACGUGGGCGCCUCUGGCUUAUAAGGUGUAUGUGACGGUCCUGUUCGGGACCAGCAUCAUGGCCCCGGGGCUCAUCAUCGGUUACCUGUACGUGCGCCUGGCCCGCACCUAUCUGGAAUCCCAGCGCAACGCGGUGAUCAGCAAAGGCGGGAAGCGCUCCCCGAAGCAGAAGGUGCUCAUCAUGAUCUUCACCAUCGUGCUGGUGUUCUGGGCGUGCUUCCUGCCCUUUUGGAUCUGGCAGCUGCUGCCCCUGUACCACACCAAGCCGCUGAGCUUGGCCUCGCAAACGCACACCUGCAUCAACUACCUUGUGGCGAGUCUCACCUACAGCAACAGCUGCAUCAACCCCUUCCUCUAUACGCUGCUCACCAAGAACUACAGGGAGUACCUGAAGAACAGGCACAAGAGCUUCUACAAAUACACGUCGUCGUUCAAGCAUCGGCCGCCCAGUCUGCACUCCUGGGGCAAGUCGGGGUCCUCCAGCAACCAGUACGAGUUCAACUCUGAGACGCUGGUCAUGGGGACGCUCAGGUGACUUCUCGAGUAGAGGAAAAAUACUCCCGGGAGAAAAAAAUGUCACAGGGCUCGCCCCAGCGCAUUGGGCGGCGCCGUCCUAAAUCAUCCGUGGACGCCUCUCAGGGUAGGGCGGGGUCAGAGAUGGCGUGACUGGGGUCACACGUGAAGGAGACGGUGAUGGCGUAGCGCGUCCCCCAUGUUACCUUCUCCACCCGGUGAAGGUUCUCUGAUCCGGAGGAGAAGAAAGAGACUCGCCCUGGACAGGAAACAGAUUUUUUUAUUUAACUCCUUAGAAGAACAUGAAUGUACAAAAGACAUCAAGGAGCAGCCUCAUUUUGUCAGGAAACAUUUGCCUUAAGGCUUUCAUAACACAUUUGGUGUUGGGACGUUUGGCACAAAGCUAUGAACAUCGUGGACUGAUGUUUACCACAUAUAAGUCAAGCGGUAGGUGAACUGUAAAAGACAGAUGCUAAAGCAGGUUCAAAAUAGUUUAUCUAGCAAAACAUGUUUGACAUAUUUAUUACAGAAAUUGU